AUGGCACUCUUUGGCAACAAGAAGAACAAGAAGGGCCCCAUUCAGGUUGAGAAGAUGAACGGACGCUACUGCUGGGUCCGCCACCACAACAACAACAAGAAGAAGGGCGACAAGAACAAGAAGACUGGCGACAGCCGCCCUGCUGAGAAGGAGGCUCACGGCCACAUCUACUAUGACAAGAAGUACGAGGCGCGCGUUGAUGAUGACUUGUACGAGACUGACUCCAAGGAGUAA